AUGACCAAGUUGGCAAAGACGGCCGAAACGAAGGGCAAGGCGAAGUUCAGCUCGCAGCAUGACGCCGUGUUUCGCUUUUCUGUGACACCAGCAAAGAUUUGGUUGGAGCAGCAGACGACAAAGCAGCAAUGGCAAUGCACUGUGUCGUCUGUGAACGACUUUGCGCUCAAGGGAGCUGGUAUCCCGCACGCAAUCGUUAUGGACUAUCUCGCAAUGAGUCUGAAUCGAUCAGAGUCGAGUCUGGACACCAAGUACGAGGUAGACCUCAUCCCGAUGAGUGAAGGGCGCAUGCGUCUCGACUUCUUGCUUAAGUUCUCGAUUGCUGACGUCGUGUGGAAGCCCGAGUACCAAUUCGUGCUCCAACCGAUCGAAGUGACUGAGACGCAGAUGCUCAUGGCCAAGUUGCAAGACGCUAACGAUAGUUUGGACCGCCUCCACUCGAUUGUUCCUGCGUGGGUCGGGGCCACGUCGUGGUUGUAUGUUUGCGGCCUGGUCAAAAAGGUGCUAGAGAAUUCUGGAAGUCAUGUUGAGACGGCGGUAGAGUGGAGCUCUACUGCUGUUCACAAGUCAACUGCAGUGGUGACGAAGUACUGGGCUGCUAUCUGGUCGACGGCAAAGUAUGCGAGCAGCACUGUCGGUCAGCUUGUGCUUGAUCAGUACGCGGGAAACGCUUGA